AUGUCAAAUAAUAUUGGACCAACGAUUCCCGACUUCCUCUCUGCCAAAAAGAAACGAGCCAUUGAUGUACCUAUGCGGAAAUUUCCCUGGGCAAGUAGUACGGUGGAUGAAGAUGUGCUCUCUUCCAACACACUUCAACAACUUCGAACCGCGCUUCCUCCUAUGGAUGUGAUCAAAAAGUUGUCUGAAGUGGAUUCAUCACUUCUGGACGAAAUGCCUGAAGGAGAGCAGUUUCUGGCUUCGUUGGCAUCAAUAAAUGCACUACCGUUGCGGCUCGAUCUUAUCAUUUUCAAACAGCGCUUUCAAGAAAUUUUGAACGAUUUAAAACCA